AUGGCGCCGCUAUUAGGUAGUUGGGAUGGAUCGGAGCCCGCACAGUCACGCAAGGCAGGAUCUGAUGCCCUGAAGAGCAUCCUCUACGUCGACGCAUACGACUCAUUCUCCUACAAUGUCGUCGCUAUGCUGGAGGAGACACUCGGUGUCAAAGUCACAGUGAUGACCAUCGACUCGGAGUGGCCCGAUGGCAACAUGCACGAAUUCCUACGCCACUACGAAGCCGUUGUCCUAGGACCGGGUCCGGGAAACCCCAACUUGCCUAAAGAUGUCGGCAUCAUGCGCGAUAUCUGGAAUCUUCAAGAUAACGAACUGCUCCCGGUUUUCGGAAUCUGUCUAGGGUUUCAAAGCUUGUGCCUGCAUCACGGCGUUCCCAUUGAUCGCCUUCCCUACCCACUCCAUGGCCAGGUGCGACAUAUAUCGACUAGCUCGAAGGACAUAUUUGAGGGUCUUCCUGCUGUCGAAGUGACGCUUUAUCACUCACUCUAUGCCAAGUUGGAUACGUUGAGUCAUUCUCAUCGCUUAUUGUCGGAGGGCCUGGAAUUUUUGGCGUGGCUAUCUCUUGAAAACUCUGGCUCGGAAAACCGAGUUCCGAUGGCGGUUCGUCACCGCCAGAAACCAUUUUGGGGAGUGCAGUUUCACCCUGAAUCGUGCAAGUCGGAGAAGGAUGCUUGCAAGGUACUACUUCACAAUUGGUGGCGGAUGGCUCUUACCUUCAACAAGGUUGUCGGCCGUGGCGGAUACGGCACUCUUUCUGAGACCAUCAUCACCCCUCAUCAUGAUAUGAGCGCUUUUCCGGAUGUUGCCUACGAGAUGUUGAGAUGGAGCUCCGCGACUUCGGCUGUUUCGGCGCACUGUUCUCUGGAGCGAAGCCAUCUUACCCCGGAGGAUGUCAGUGAGGUUUUUAACAAGCCUGGGGUGCCAACGGUGCUGUUCCAGUCUAAUGGGCGCCAUAGCAUUAUAUCGCUCCCCAGUCCCGGCUCCUGGAGGCUUGAAUACAGCGUUGAAACUCAGCAGCUGAGUCUCUCUCAGCUACAUGGUGAGCAUAAAGCGGUCGAGAAGUCUCUCACCGUGCCUCAGCUCUGGGAUGCUCUGCGAUACUUGAUGGACAUGAAAAAGGUCAACUCUGGGAGCCUUGCCUGUCUCCCUCAUCCCAAGGGGUCGGACCAGGUCUCUGCUUCAUGUGAAUAUUCCACCGGCAGCUCAUCGACCUGUUCUUCGGAAGACCCUCCGGAUGUCAGCUUGUUAUGGUGUGACAGGAGCAUCGUUAUCGACAAUCAUACCGGCAACCUUCUCAUUCAAUCCACCCGCGAGUCUGAUGAGGGCUGGCUUGAUGAGACAUUGAAGCUUCUUCAAUCUCAUCCGAGCAGCUCUGGGGCUAACCAAGAAGCCGAUACUCGGUUCUUGGAUUCUAUCCUCCGCGAAGGGAAAAUUGUAUCCCCAGAGGAGGCCAACUAUAAACGACAAAUUAACUCCUGCAAGGCAGAAUUGGAAGCCGGAGAAUCAUAUGAGCUGUGCCUCACUUCUGAAACAUCCAUCACUCUGCCGACUCCCCCAACGGAAGAAGGCCGGAUUACAUUCCCUUGGAAACUAUACAAGAAACUGAGAAAAUACAACCCCGCCGCAUUCAGUGCGUUCGCAGACUUGGGAGAUGCAAAGGUUGUCAGCAGCAGUCCCGAGUGCUUCCUCAAUUGGGAUAGAGAGUCUACUUUGGAGAUGAAGCCGAUGAAAGGUACAGUCCGCAAGACACCCGAAAUGACGAUGGAGAAGGCUCGAGAGAUUCUGGGCUCAACGAAGGAAAUGGCCGAGAACCUGAUGAUCGCGGACCUCAUUCGGCACGAUCUGUACGGCAUCUGUGGAUCUGGCGGCGUGCAUGUCGAGAAGCUGCUUGAGGUUGAAGAUCACGGCCGAGUAUACCAGAUGAUCACCCACGUCAAGGGUAUUGUCAAUCCUGAUCAACCUGGAUUCGCGGUCCGACAUAUGCCCCAGUUGAAGUCCUCCAAUAUGGCUGUUCACGGCAUCACGGCUCUUCAGCGGUGCUUGCCCCCUGGGUCCAUGACUGGCGCACCCAAGGAACGAUCGUGCAUGCAUCUUCGAACUAUUGAGGACAGGAAGCGUAGCAUCUACUCCGGAGUGAUGGGCUACUUGGAUCUGGGCGGUGGUGGCAGCUUCUCGGUUCUUAUUCGCACGGCCUUCACUCGCUUUACCGACCGUCAAACUCCACAGCAGAUCUGGAGGAUUGGCGCUGGCGGCGCAGUUACCACUCUGAGCACAGCCGAGGGUGAAUGGCAGGAGAUGUUGACGAAGCUGCGCACCGUCUGCAAUGUCUUCGCUCCAUCCGAGGGUGAAGGGAGCAGCCGGUAA